UUAGUGCUGGCUGCACCUACUUUUAUUGUGGACACUGAGAGACGUUAGUGGCAGGGAAUAGGGUUUCAGCAGUAAGCCACAAGGUGAAGUAUGGUCAGAAAAAGUCACUUUUAGUUCUUCUGCACACAUUUCUCACUGAGCUCGACUGAAAGGGAAGCAUGAAUGACACUGGAGCAAACGUAGAAGGAGGGAGAAUAGAAGAAGCCGGUAGAGAUAACAACACAGACAUUAUCUGCCAGACUGAGAAGAGCCAGAGUUGCUUCCCCAAAAUCAUCAAGAAACGAGUGUGCAGCACUUUUGUAGAAGAUUCCUUCAGUAAUGGUGCAUUGUGUCAGUGCGGGGCUGCGAGAGAUGACCAUGCCUCUGUGGCUGUUGGAGACUAUUUCAGCACAGCCAUCGUGAACCAGUGGAAAAGUGUGCAGCACUCCUCUGAACAACCAACUGAUGCCUUUGGAGAGGUGCAGUUUGCAGGAGCCAGCAAGAGGCACAGCUAUUUCCUGCGCCUGUCAUGGAGCACUGAGCCUUCGGUGGUGUACAACAUAUUGACAACCCAUUGGCGUCUUCCUCUACCCAACCUGGUUGUUUCUGUUGUGGGUGGAAAUAGCAGGACACAGAUAAAGACCUGGGUACGGGAGGUCCUCAGACAGGGACUGGUGAAAGCGUCACAAAGCACAGGUGCAUGGAUCCUAACUACAGGCCUGCAUGAAGAUGUUGGCAGGUGUGUUGGACAGGCGGUGAGAGAUCAUGCAGCUGCAGCAUCUUCAGUGUCCCUCAACAAGGUGGUAGCGUUGGGCAUUGCUCCGUGGGGCCUCGUGGAAAAGCGAGAGCAGCUGGUCAAACCUCAGGGGAGCUUUCCUGCAAAGUACAAUGCCCCAAACGCAUCACAGAACUCCUGCUCCCUGGAUAACAACUACCAGGCCUUUCUGCUGGUGGACGAUGGUAGUGUGGGCCGCAGAGGAGGAGAAACAGAGUUCAGAGCCAGACUGGAGGAAUACAUUUCCCAUCAGCGCACAGGCAUAUGGGGAAGUGGCAGCAUUGAAAUCCCUGUCCUUUGUAUGCUGAUAUCAGGGGAAACAGACAUGCUGAAGAGAAUGGAUCUCUCUUUAAAAAGCUGCAUCCCCUGGCUGGUUCUGGCUGGCUCAGGAGGCUUGGCUGAUUUCCUGAGUGAUAUCUUGGAGAACCUGUCUUCAGCUCCAGCUGUGCCGUCCUCUGGUGAAGGCAACAGUGAGGCUCUUAAAGCUCCCAAGGUGGAUCUCAAAGACAGAGUGGCAGAACGGUUUAAGAAGCAUUUUCCUUCAGAGGCACAGACCGACAAACUAGUUGAGCAGGCUUUGAACAUUUACCAGAACAGACAUUUGAUUACAGUCUACCAAGGAGAGCACGAGAGUCCAAAUGACUUUGACACAGUCCUGCUUAAAACACUCGUGGGAGCAAGUAAGCAACAUUUAUCAGCUGAUGCCAACCCUUAUACUGAUGAGCUGAAACUAGCAGUAACGUGGAACAGGGUUGACAUUGCCAAGACUGAACUCUUCAAUGGCGACAUCCAGUGGAAGUAUGAAGAUUUGGAGGACUCAAUGACGGAUGCAUUGAUCAAUGACAAGCCCCAGUUUGUUCGGCUUUUCAUUGAGAAUGGCUUGAACAUCCUGGAGUACCUAACUUUUGGCAGGCUGGAAACCCUUUAUCGCUCUGUGCCAGAUGGGACCUUGCUCUAUCAGCUACUACAACAGUGCCUAGCAGAGCGGCUGGCAAUAGUGGAGCGUCACUCACCAUCAGAAAAACAGAAUUCAUCUACAAGAUUGUUGAAAGAUAACAAUCAGGAUGGACCAGUGAAGGAGGUCACCCUUUUUGAGGUGUCAAGGGUCCUGGAGCUGUUAAUGGGUGAUGUCUGCCAGCCUUUCUACUAUCACACUUUGAGAUUAGAGUUCACUUCAUCCAAAGGGACAGCUCUGAGGCGUGCCAGUAAGGUUCUGCGUGGACAUUGCAAGUAUCAGGACCUGCCCUGCCCCGAUCCCUGGGCUUCGCUUUUCCUCUGGGCGGUAUUGCAAAACCGCAGUGAGAUGGCAAUUUUCUUCUGGGAGAUGGCAGGUGAGGCAGUCCUGAGUGCUCUUGGUGGCAGUAAAAUACUCAGAGAACUGUCCAAACUUGAGGUAGAGAAUGAAACCAAACUCUCCAUGAAAGAGCUGGCCCAGAGGUUUGAGAACCUGGCACAUGAUAUUUUCAGCUCUUGCUAUCGGAGUGAUGAACGCCGAUCCUUCACCCUGCUAAUUAGGAAGUCUCCUGUCUGGGGUGGCAGCACUUGUCUUCAGAUGGGUGUGAGUGCUGACGCUCGGCUUUUCUUCAGUAAUGAUGGCGUACAGUCUCUGCUCUCCCAUAUCUGGUGGGGUGAUAUGAAGAGGAACACAGAGGUUUGGAGGCUCCUGCUCACUUUCUUCUGCCCCAUCCUCUGCUACACCAAUCUGAUCUCCUUCAGAAAACAAGAUAAUCAGUUGGAAGAGGAGGAAGGAAUUCCUAACGAUGAUGGGCCAGACCAGGACACUAACAGUCUCUAUGGGACCACCGUCUUCUCUUUGGAUGACAUCAAGCACCUUGACCUUGACUCAAAAGAUCACAGGAGUGGUACCAUUAAAGGUGUACCUUACCGACCACCACAGCGUCCAUUCAUAGUGUCACGCUGGCGUCAGUUCUGGUUUGCACCGGUCACCUCUUUUCUGGGCAACGUCCUGAUGUACUUCCUGUUUCUUUUGCUUUUCGCCUACGUGCUGUUGGUGGAUUUUGAUCCCCCACCACCCUCAGGUCCAGGUGUUGCUGAGUGUGUGUUGUACUUCUGGGUAUUCACCAUCGUUUGUGAGGAGAUCAGACAGUCAAUUUUUGUGGGGACGAUGACUUGGCGUCAAAGGUUCAGACUCUACAUUAAGGAUCUGUGGAAUAAAUGUGACCUCACCGCCAUCAGCCUGUUCAUUAUAGGACUAAUCUGCAGGAUGUUUCACCGGUCACAUGAAUUUGGACGGGAUGUCCUGUGUUUGGACUACAUGGUCUUCACACUUCGCCUCAUUCACAUUUUUGCCAUUCACAAGCAGCUGGGACCAAAACUCAUCAUUGUAGGAAAUAUGAUGAAGGAUGUCUUCUUCUUCCUCUUCUUCCUGGGCGUGUGGGUUUUGGCGUACGGAGUUGCCAAUCAGGCUCUGAUCUACAACUAUGAUCCAAAUCCAAAUCGCAUUUUUCUGAGAGUUUUCUACAUGCCAUACUUGCACAUCUUUGGAUACGGCUCUUCCAUCGAGGAAGAGAUGGAUGUGGGACGGGAACUAAACUGCACAGACAAUGUGACUUUGAUUGAGAGCGGUGAAGAGCCGUGUAGAAAUCAGGAUAGUAACUGGCUGGUAGUGAUUCUGCUAGUCGUAUAUCUCUUGGUCACCAACAUCCUGCUCAUCAACCUAGUCAUUGCCAUGUUUAGCUACACUUUCUCUGAAGUGCAGGAAGACAGUGACACCUACUGGAAGUUCCAGCGUUACAACCUGAUUGUCGAGUAUCACUCCCGUCCUUCUUUGGCUCCGCCUUUCAUUAUCCUCUCACACAUCAAAGUCUUUAUCAAGAGGGUCAUCCACAAAGUGCCCUCUGUAAAGAUUCACCACUUUGUGUUAGACUUGGAAGCAAAGGCAGCGAACAGAUUAUCAACAUGGGAAACGAUUCAGAAGGAAGACUUCCUGACUGCUCGAAACAAGAUCCAGAAAAGCAGCGACUCAGAAAGGCUCAAACGGAUGUCUGCAAAGGUAGAUGAUGUGCUUAAACGUCUGACUGAAAGCAAAGAGUUUGAACACAGACUACAGGCUCAGAUGGAGCAAUACUCAACUGUCCUCAACUGGGUUGUGGAUACUUUAGCACAAGGAAGUACAGUCAAACCUCCUCGUGCCCUGCCUGUGUUACGAGGUACUUCCCAGAACUUAUGAAAUCAGUUUUGCUUACAAAACAGCCUGCAUGUUAAAAAAGUCACACUGCUUUCACUCGGGUUAUUGCAGUAAGUAAGCAGAUAACAUGUCAUCUUCACUGCUUUAGUUUUAAAAGUGCUUACUAAAUCUUUUACAUUGUAGUCGGAUUUUCUGUGAUGUUGUCUAUCAGGGGUCAUAUUGAGAGCACGUUAAUACUUUUUUUUUGCUCCGUUACACUGCAAAUAUGGGCCGUAUUUUUAUGUCUGCAUUAUUGUUUUCUAUUUAAUCAAGUUUUUAUGCAGUAUAAUACAUUUAUUUUUAAUAUGACAACAAAGGAAUUUGUUGCUGAGAGUUUGGUUAAAAAAAGCCUGCCACAAUUCAUGUGGUAUGCCUUUUGGACAAAUGAGACCAAAGUAUUGAUAUUUGGAUUAUUUAAAUAAUUUCAGAGAUUUUUUUAUUAGAUCAUUAUCUAGUUAUUAUGUCCUUGUAGAGAAAUUCUUAGAAGUGAAUGAUGUAUGCCUGUUACACGUGGCUGCACUAUACAAAAAAGGUUCCUUGUCUUGUCUAAUUCUUGGCACAAAAUCAAAGUGCAGAGUGAGCAAAUACAUUCCAGACAGUCAGGCCUGUCUGGUUUCAUAACGUAGUAGGUAACUUGUAGGUAAGAAAAGAAACCAAGGGUAAAAUCUAGGUUUCUUUCGAAUUCUCGUUUUAUGCAGAUGACACAGUUAUCUAUUGUUCAUCUACUUGAUUAGUACAAACACUUGAAUUUCUUGAGGCAGUCUUAGAUGUUGUUCAGUCUCAUUAAACUUACUUUGUUUCAUUUUCUUUUCCCUUUCCUUCCCUUUUUGCAUUACUGUGAUCUGCUCCUUUUAAACAUACCAGGGCAGCACCUAAAGAGGCUGUAUACUGUUUGUUAUUGUGCUUUAUGUUUUAUCACUAGUUGCGAAAAUGAUGUACAUCACUGUUCUCUGUAUGCUGCUGCUAAGUGCUCAUUUCUGAAUAUCCCCAUCUCUGUAUAUAAUUGUUUUUUAAUCUAAAAAUGUCUGGUCGAGGGCACCAGUUUAGGUCACUGAGAUGAGCAGGUGACCAUAUGCCAUAUGGCUGAGAGCACCUGGCCUGGGAUCAAAUCUGACCCGCAGCACUUUGCCACAUGUCUUCCCCUUACUCUGCUUUCCUAUAACUCUUCACUGCACCUGUCUAAUAAAGCCAGAAAAAAGCCAUGUGUCUGUAUAUGUAAAAACCACAACCAGUCUACGCUUUCACAAUAUUAUACAAAUGUUUGUCUCCAGGGUCAGAAUGGAGUUGUGAAUAGACAUUUUAAAAUAUCCUGUCCCCUUUGUGCUGCAGUAAUCUACAUAAGAAGUUCAGACUGCACAACUGAUUAUCAGACUCAUGAUGGGGGAGUUUAAGUCCAUUUUAAAAAGUGUGAGAAGUGUGAGCUCUUUCGGCCAGUUUGACUGCUUUUAUUACCACUCUUGUAAUAAUGUUUGCUUUUUGUGUUCACCUGUCUGGACUGGACUGCAUUGGCUUUUUCUUUGUGUAUUUGCUGAAACUUCGUCUCCGCUCUUUGCCAGGUGUGUCUUUAAAAACAGAUUUAAAUCUCAAUGAGAUUUGAAUGAA